AUGUCACGAGCACUGAGCUCCGACUUGGUCAACUGGAACAAGCUUGACCAUGAUGGAAAGGCUUCGACGCAGGCAAAGGACUUCACGACGAUACUGGCCGACAUGCUUAAGAUUAGCUUCGCCUCUUUCACUACACAAUCUCCGUGGCUGAUGGGAACGACUCUGCACAUUUCUCUACCUCAGCCGGACUUCGAAAAGCUCAAGAUCAAGAUCGCUGAAGUUGCUGAUCGAUGCUAUUCCAUCGUCACGUUCUGGGUCGACGAGAAUGAAGACGCCGUGUACUUGCGGAUGUGUAUCGAAGUCUGGCAAGCCGCAAGAAGCGACAGCAAGAAGGGAUGCAGGACCCUGUCCAUGGUGAAUGGUCUGCCUGCCGACUCUCCUCAUCGGUCGCAAUUGAUCAAGGUAUACCAUAACUCGCGCACCACCGACAGACCAGCGUACAGCGUCCGCGGAAAAUCUGCCUCGUAUCCGGGCGAUCAGGACCUCUUCCAUUUCCUACGAAUGUCUACGAGACUGAGCUCCAUCAGCCUGGACACCUACAAGAGGGUUCUAUCGGUGGAUAGCGAGGGGUCCUUGGACUCGGACAAGAUCAUCGCACAGGCUGUCACCAGCGAAGACCGAUCCAUGCUCACAGUCGCGUGUACUGCAACACAGGACGCUCGCGCUCAGGGCCUUUUCAGUCGCCUUGUGGAGACAAUGACUCCCGAUGGACUCGACUGGCUCGACUUUGAGCUCAAGCAGCAGCUAUCGUUCGCGGAUCGUUCAUUCGAAGGUCAGUGGGGAGUUGUAGUCCAUCUUCCUGGAGUUCCGGCAGCAAUGGCACUAGAGAAGCGUCGGCCAUCCUUCUUCGUGCCCUGGAGCGGGGACUCGCCCUUUGGGUCUCAAGUGCACAUUCUUGACGUCAAAGUCAUCGAACACAGUUACUGCAUGUUGAUCUCUUCUUCAAGAAAGCCGAGCAGAGAUGAAUGCAAAGGCAUGGCCAAGGAGCUUGAGGAGAAAUUGAAUGUGCCGUCUACAGGAAAAUCCUGGGUGACACACCCUUUCAAGAAGGAACUCGCCCCAUGGUUCAGAGCUGAUGGCGUUCUGGACAAGCACUUCAAGGAACAGGUCAUCAACAAGCAGGCAGAGAAAGUAACUGCAGAGAGUCGUGUCUGCGAAGCCAGACCCGAAGGCCUUCUCUACGUCCCCACAGACUCGGGCUCAGACACAGCUCCGAAGUUCGACCCUGGUUCAGAUCCAGUCGCAAUGAUCGGGCCGCGUGGGCCUGUGGUCUUGAUAUUGGUGACCCGGCAAAGUGGUGACGAUGGGGACAAAACUCGCACGACAAUCCCUAAGCAGGCAACAACAUUAUUGGGGUCCAGGCUUCUGUUUCACCGGCAAGAAGGCGAUACCAUAAUCUGGCUGGUGGAGAUGUGCUCCUCCAAUCAGCAUGAUUUUGACGAACGGAUUAUGAUGUCUCACAUCCCGCGAUCGGGAGAUAAGCCCAUUUUCCUCAUGUCCGUCAACCCUGAUCGAGUCACUCGCCGGCCCGAAGAGGUGCCAAUUAUUCUCAAGAUUGUGCAGGAUUCCGGCGGCGUGUGGGUGACGCAAGGUCUUCCCAUGGGCGAAGGCACUUCCAAUGAAACUUGGACGGUCGUGGAAGGCGACGCUGUCGAAGUGCUCAUGAAGAGACUCGCAAUUGAUCGUCAAAGAGCCCUCGAGGCUGGAACACCCAACCGCGGAGACAGCAUGGCCACAAGGGUCAACGACGCCAUCUCAAGAUCGACUGAGACGCUCCCACAAAUUGCGGCACUCCACGAUGUUUUCGAUUGGUUCAUGGCCUGCCAUGGCUUCACGAACAUCCUGCUGGUCGCGCGCAAUUUGCCUAACAAUUCUAACGUGGAGAAGAUCUCUGGAAAUGGCUCUCAAAACCGACAACUCCAGUUCCUCCGGAAUAUGCUGCCACCAGCUUGGAGAGAAGCGAAUCCUGACGCAAUCUUCGAAUGGAAGGCCUUCCGAUCUGCCUACACAGACGACUUCGUGAACGGACUGGGGGAACAGUUGACGAAGAUCGGCGGGAAAACUCUAAUAUUAAUGGUACGACCCGAUCAAGUGGUCAAAUCCAUGACCCAGCUCUCCCGACUAGAGGGUCUGCUUUGCGAGGGCGAUAACGGCGCUAUGUCAUUUCAGUGGGACUACAAGACUUGUCUGGAAGUGGGCGAGGCACUUCAGCUUGAUCAGGAACAAUCCAAGCAUCCGUCUGUUCAAACGUGGGCCACCGCGUGGAAAGAUUCAAACCGAGCUGUUCCGGGUCGCGGAAGUUGGCCCACGGUUCAACUCCAUCUCUGGUGCUUUAAGGGCAAGACGAGCGAGACGGCGAUCCGACAUGUGAAGAACGCCGACGAAUGCUCGCAAGCUAUCAAGCUGUCUUCGUACCAAGGCGGAGAUUAUGUGGACCCACACUUCCUGGAGCGAGGCAAGAGAGGCUUCAACGCGCCUACACAACAAAAAUACCAAGCUUACUUCGAGGAGCUAUUCCCGUCAGACAAAUUCAACGCCAAGAUCAUUUUCCCUCCCAAAGACGGCAGCUACAAUUGUCGGUAUUGCCACAAGACUCUUACUGACGAGGAGAAGGCGAAGAAGCUUUUGAAGAGCGAACUCUCGAAGAAGCGCAAAAGAGAGCAGGCAGACGAUGCGCAAGCUGUCCCUGCCGGGGCCCCUUGA